UUCGUGAAGCAAUGAUCGCACCAAGUGAGAAGUAGCUACCUACCGUUUGCAGUACUCACAAGUGACAGCUACUGCAUGUAGCGGUGUAGUAGUAAUACAAGUGUUUAUAGCAUAGCAAAAAACAAAAAAAUAAAAAUCAUGAAACUAAGUAAAGUGUUUAAUCACAAGUUUGUGCUGGCAAGCUGUAACCUAAUAUUCAUGUUAUGUGGCAUCACGCUGCUUUCCACCGGGUUUUACCUUUUCACCGAUUCACCGAGGAUUCUGCUAUCUCGCUUGCUAAUAUCAGCAUCCGAUCAGCAAAAGACGCCCUUAUCCGAACUGGAGCAGCCGCUAUUUCACUAUGUGGCGUUUGCACUGACCACGGCAGGUCUCGUGGCCAUUAUUGCCUCCUUGAUUGGUUGUUGGGCCACAUGUAUGAACACGUAUUGUGUUUUAAGUAUGUACUUUCUCAUUAUUCUCUCUUUGCUGGUGGCUGAGUUUGGUGUAUGUCUCAUGAUCACUGCGUGGCCUCAGUGCUUAGGAUUAAACCUCAACGAAACCGCAAUGGUUAAGGCACUCCAAGCCAACUAUGGCGUGCCCGGGAAUGAGCAAUUUACAGCAGCAAUGGACUUGGCGCAAACCAUUUUCGAAUGCUGUGCCAUCAACACGAGUAUCAACUACGAUACAUCACUGUGGAAGCUGCAAAGCUUGGGUAAAAAGGAGCUAACGGUUCCGCUAACGUGCUGCAAGCUGGUGAAUCGGUUCGAAUUUACGGCGUACCUCGAUCCGGUUCCACUCAAUGCAACUCUUUGCCAGGCGCUACAAACUCAAGAUUAUGAAAAAAGUCGCCAUUUGGAUGGCUGCCUGCAUAAAAUUGAGCUGUGGUAUCGAGAGCAGUAUUUUCUGUUUCUUUGCGCUGGACUAAUUGUAGCGGUGGUCGAGUUUUGCGUUUUGCUUAGCAUUAUUUUAAGCUGUACCAAGCUGCCCCGGAAGAACCAUGCGGCGCAAAUGCUGCGAACAAAUCCGUUGCCCCACAUUCCAAUACCGGCAUUGCCGGCAAACCGUCGGGUCCGGGAUAAUAUCUACGAGCAUGAGCUGCCUACGCCCAUUCCCGUACCAACCAUCCGGGAAACGUACAUACAACCAAAGGAAUAUGCCAAACAGCGUUCCGAUGCGGCUUUUAACAAUAAUUCUCACUAUUAUCAGAUCUCAAAAAGCUACCUCGUGUAGGGUACGCUAUUUUUCAGUAAAAUUUUUAAAAUUGUAUAUUAUAAGCGCGAAUAAAAGAGUGUUAUUG